ACAGCGAAAUUUGUAUGUUCGCUGGGGUUUUGUGUGUACAUUGCCGUUCAAACGACAUGAAUUAAAAGAUAUUGCGUGAAACGUUUACACUCAUUUUCGAUUGCUUCGAAAUGUCACGAAGGUGCUGUUAUUGAAGAUUGUUUAUUUCUUGAGGGAGAGAAAAUAAUCGUAUUGUUGAACCUUCUGCCGCAAUAUGAAAUAAAUCAUUACGAAAUCGUUUCGUCGAACAGAGCGGUACCGUGGGUUUAUGUUCGAUUCACCGGCAUUUCGCUCGGCAAUGUCUGAAGUAUAGGUACUGUCAUGGACACAGAUGUAGAACUUGCCAAAAGUGAAGGGUGUGAAACUAGUCCAGGUUGUUCUGGCUAUUCUAGCAUGGUGCACAGUAAAAAAGUUAUCAAACAUGCACUACGACAACAGGCCAAAAGACGUAGGAAAAACACAACCAUAGCAGCUGGCAAUUCUCGUACUCUGCCAAGGAUUGUCGUUAAACCAUUACCACCACCUCCACCGAACGAUCCACCAUCUCCGGUCAACAAUGUACAGCACAUUAACAACACUACAGAAGAGCCUGCUGCCACAAUGAGAGAAGUCCUGGCUAGUUUGCCAGGAUUUAGUUUAAAGUCUGGGCGUAGACGAUCGACGAAGAGAUUGUCAGCGACUGCGCAGCUGGAGGCUGGUCUUGUAGAUCUCGAGUCUCCGGCGAGUAUUCUAGCAAGCACAAGUUUACGUGCUCUUUUAAAUAGGCAUACCUUUCAAGGUUUACCACCUCUGUAUCAAAGAAAACUUGCGCAACUUUUGCCUGCUGUAGAUAGACAGGAUGCCGCCACAUCCGGAUUAAACAAUGAAUUCUUUGCGCGAGCAUGUCUGGAAUGGCGUAAACGCUUGGCGGAAGGAGAAUUUACUCCAGAAAAUCAACAACGAUUGAAGAUGGAAGCUGAAAGAGACAAGAAUAAAUUAGAUCCGUGGAAAGUGAAACAUUUCGAACCAAUAUGGGGUGAGAAACGCGAGCCGAAACUUAGAUCGGGUCUCCACUGUAUUUCGGAAUCAAGAUCUAGCGGUGCUGUAACGCGUUCAAGUUUAAGACUUCGUUUGGAAUCCAAUGUGGAUACACCUACAUUGGAUACUCCUUGUCCUAUUAUUAUGUCGGAAGAUAAAGUCGAAGAAGAUAAUUGUAAAAUUGAAACUAGCAUAGAUAAUAGAGACGAAAUGAAUGAAACUGCACGAAUACAAGAAUUACUACCGGCAGAAUAUAAUGAUACAACGCAUACAUUAAUAGAUGAAAAACAUUUAGAAUCCGUAAACAUGAGCUCUGUAGAAACAAUAAUGGAUACCGAAAUGCAACCGGAUAAAGCGGAAGAGGAUGAAAAAGUUAUUGCGCAUCCAGAGAAGGAAGAUAUGGUCGAGGAGAGUGAAAUAAUAACGGAAGUUUGUCAGGAAAAUAUAUCGAACACGUACGAAGAGGAAAUUCACUUACCCGAAAGCGAAAAGGAUCUCCAGUCAAUGAAAGACCAUAUACUUGAAGUUACAGAAGAAAAUACAAAACUUUUACCCGAGGAAAGUACAUUGUCGAUACCCAGUGAACAAAUAGAACGAGUAUCGCACACGCCUAGCGAAACAGCACCUCAAAUAUCGACAGAAUGCACGCCUCAAACUCCAAUAGAUCAAAUACCUCAAAUAUCAAAGGAACAAAUGUCUCAAAUAUCCGAGGAACAAAUCUAUCCAAUCUCUGAUUGUGAAACAACAACAAUGCUCGAAACGUCACCGUCGCACGAUCAAGUUAGAUCGACAGAAAUUGUUAUAGAAGAUUCUACGUUGAUUAGCAACAAUCAGACUGAAACACCUCAGGUUUCUCAUGAGAAUCCAACAGACGGCGAAUCACAGAUCCCCGAAGGAAUGGAGAUCGAUAGUGAAACGUUGCAACGGAUUCAUGAAUUGGAGGUGAGGGGCGAAAUGCGCGAAGCGUAUGAAGAAAUUUCGGGAUGCCCCGAAGAAAUAAUGUAUCCUAUUCUUGAUGGAAUGGAGAUGGGUGCAAACAAUAGAGAAGAGACUGAAACGCAAGUAGUUUCGGUACAGCCAGAGACCACUAGAGAUCAGCAAGAUGUUAACGGCGGAAAUGAAGACGAAGCUCUUCGAGAGGCUAAUAAUUAUGUUUGUUCUGAAAUGCUAGAGUGUAGUUGGUCGGUAGAUCCAACGGUUAAUAAUAUUAAUAAUAACAAUAGAACACAGGAAGAGCUUCAAGUUCCGUGGCCAUUAGUUGCUGCAGCUCUAGAUGGAUCUGUGGCUGCUAACAUUACCGUGACUACUCAGGACGAAUGUAACGACACGCCUACUACAACUGAUUCAACGAAUCAAUCACAACAGUUUAUCAAUGCGGAUUCAAACGUGGAAUCGGUCAACUGUAUCCAAUUACCAGUUGUUCAAGGGACCCCGUUUCAGUCAGAAAGUCUCGCAAUCGGUACGCCGGGCACAAGUUGUAUUAUGAAGAACUUUCAGUCUCAGAGUUCACCCAUCAUUGCUUUCCCGCAAUUGCAAUCUAUCAGAUUCGUCCAAACUAGUUUUCAUUCUGAUCAAAACGUUGCCCCGCCCUUGAAUAGCACGUCACCGAUAUCUGCUCAACUUCCGAAUCAACAAAAUACAAAUUCGCAAGUGAACAUAAUGAGAACGCAAGAAGAGGUCCAAUUAAAUCCACAAAACAACAAUGCACGGAAUGUUAGGAGCAACGUGACGCAAAAUCAAGUACCGAAUACCGUGCCGGCCACGAUCGGUGUCCAGCCUCAGAAUCGUCCUCAAAACACUAUCGUUAUUCAACACCAGGCAUCGACACCCGCACAACCGCGACAAGUCGUAGCGACCAUACAACAACAACAAUAUCCUGGAGCAACGGUCGCGGUAUCCUCGAGAUCGUCGCGUUCUACCAAUCAAGGCAGUCAGAGAGGUUCUAGAAAUAAUAAUAAGGAACAAGGAGGGGGCAGAUCUCGUAGUACCACGAAAGAACCACCCGGUGCUGUUAAUUUGGAACGUAGUUACCAAAUAUGUCAAGCGGUUAUACAAAGCUCACCAAAUAGAGAUCAGUUGAAAGCUCAUUUAAAACCUCCGCCUAGCUUACUUGCCCGAGGUGAUGGAGCAUUUACUACCAAUAAAUCUGGCGGUCGUACAAUUACGACUGUCAAAACUCAAAAACCACCACAAACAAUACAACACAACAAACAAACUCAAAAUAAAACGCAAGCGGUCAUGCUGAGACAUGUGUUCGCUACAGCGCGGCAAGCUACGUCAGCAGAGGUUCCAGAGAGCAAUACCGUAGCGCAGUUAGGAUCCACGACUACGGGUGGAUUAGGGCAAUACAUACUCGUGCAAAGGACAGGCGUCGGAGAUAGUGCCCCGAGGGCGUCUUCCGCUCCGCCUCUGCCUCCGCAGAUUGCUGGAAUGGGAGUCGGGGUGCAUUUAGUGCGCGGUAGACCAGCCAGCGCUGGAGAGGGUUCGCAUCAAGCCGUAACUUUGAAAGCGAGGGGAGCCGAUGGCAGAGGAGGUGGUGGCGCCGAACCUGGAGCACCCGGUAUGAUAAUGGGCGGAGAUCCACCACCCCCCUGCGAGUGUAACAUGCGAGGUGCUAUGGUAAUAUGCCGGCAGUGCGGCGCCUUUUGUCACGACGACUGUAUUGGGCCUCAACGUAUUUGUGCUACCUGUCUGAUACGUUAAUCAUUGUUCACCGAUUGUUUAUGUAUAAAUUUAGAGCCGUGCGACGAGAGUGCUGAGUAUCAAAUUACGGAAAUAGAGGCAGAUAUUAGAGGCGUCGUUGUUUCUUCGGAUCUUUAUUAAAAAAGAAAAAACUGUAAAAAAAAAAUAAGAAUUGAAAACCGUGAAUAUAUAUAUAUAUAUAUGUAUAUAUAUAUGCAUGAAUUUCAAAUAGAUGAGAUUUCAUGUUUCAGCCGAGUUUGUUGUCCAGCACUUUAGCGUGAACGGUGGUUUGCGUAGUUGAGAGGAUCGAUGAAUAUAGUUGCAAUUAUUUAGAAAUUCUUUUAAUCGUUUUAAUUUGGUGAUCAUUUGUCAGUAUUGAUCGGUGUUUUAUCGUGUACAAGAACUUUUUUAUAUCUUUGCUGUGUAUCAUUUUAUUGUAUUUGUUUCUUUUUUUUUUUUAACAGAAUUAUUUUUGACCGAACGAUGUUUUUGAUCGUUUUUAUAAAUGAUUUUUAAUCGAUAGUUCUUUUAGGGAAUAAAAGGUAGCGGAUACCUUGGUUAUCUUAGUGAUUGAAAUGUUGCAACUGUAUUCUCGCGUCCUUUUGUCUAAUAAGAUAAAGAUAAAUCUCUUACAGUCAGACUCUAAUACCGUCUUCCAGUAAACAUCACAUUCUUUAAUACGCGUCUUUACUAUUUAUUUAUUAACGAAAAUUAAGUUUAUUCUUAUUACGUGGAAGAUAUUUCUGUAUACAGUGGCCUGGAACUUAUUGAAAAUAUCGAAAAAUUAUUCUUACAUGCUCUCUUGCAAUCGUUUAUCUCUUAAUACGGCGAACAGAUUUCUAUUCGUCACGAACAAGUUGCUAUAGAACAUUCUGUACAGGAAUAUCUUUGGAUGAAUAUCGAUGGUUAUUAUUAUUAUUAUUAAUCUAUUGCCAACAAUGACAAAAUCUGAUUAGAUAUUAAAGUGUAGAGUUUACGUAUUUUAGCUUUACCUCUCACUACGUUGUAAACAGUUCUCUAAGAUAGUAUCGGAUACGUUAUAUUUGCUUCGCGUUAGUGUGAAAUUAAACGUCACGAGUGAGAUAUAGAACACAUUAAAAAAAAAAAAAAAGAAAAAGUAAACCAGUCACAGUUCCACGACCGAGAUUGCAUUAUGUAUAUAAUUCACAUUUCGAACAAUCAUUUUUUCAAGUAUGUUUAUCAGACAUUAUCGCGAGUUGUACGACUCCUCUUUACCUAAUGGACAGACUCGCAAGGAUCUAAAUCUGUCGUAUUAUUUUCUUAUGCAACUGGUAGUCGAAUACUGGAUCACGAUCGUUGUGUCUGUCAUAAGCAUAAUUAACAUGAUCGUAUUUCGCUAGAAAGGAGUUAAUUACACGUUAUACAAUAUCAUCACCAUUUUCAAUCCAACGCAUAACGACGAGAGUUACGUUCACGCGCGUAUCAUUGAAUUUUCGUAUCGAUAUGUUUAAUUUGGAAUCAUCGAUAAAGACAAGUAGUAUUAUUGCGAAUUCGAUAGAAAACUAUUGUGUAUUUGUCGCUCAAAUGUAAAUAAAAUCAUAUUCGUUUAAUGUGUAAAUUCGUUUAAUAUGCGCAGUGUACGUGGAUGACUAAAGUGCGGAUUUUGCGAUCGUGAGCGUUGCGGGCAUGUGGUGAUCGAGCAGAAACGGAAACGUCAAUGCUAAUAUCUCCGAUGCAGUUUGCACGGCACUUCUGCUACCUACAAACUCCUUUCUGCAUCGCGAUGCAACGUUAACGCGCACUGAAUUCGUACUUUAAACGAUAACAUAUUACCUGUCGAAAACAGCAAUAGCCACUUACGUGUAUGUACAAAGAUAUUCUAUAUUUAAAAGUGCUGAAAUUAAAAAGUAGCAUUAAGUCAGAUUGUGAGUAUUCCUUUUAAAACCAUGACAUUAUUUUCAUUGCUUUCCGAGCUUCGUUACGAGAAUUAUGAGUAAAUAUUAACGUGAUAAAGCAGAGACUUACCAUAAAAAUUUGCUUCGCAGCGUAAUACUUGAAUCAUUGAGAAAGCAAUCGUUCUUCAUAGAAUGGGUAAUUCCACUAGUAUUCUAACUCUUGCAGCCGACCACUGUAAGGAACAGAAUAUGUAAGUUAUACUGAAUUUUAGAGACGAUAUUGUACCGUAACUGAACGACACAAUUACCAAGAUUACAUUGGCAAAGUUUGAAGAAAAUCAAUACAACAGUUAUUGUAAAACUAAGCUUUAUGGAAGUCAGAAACGCAUUCAAGUAGCAAAUUAGCUUAGAUUCUCAAUAAAUGUUUUACA